AUGGUGAGCGCGACAGUCGCCGCGGACGUCAUUCCUUCGGAGGACAGCGUGCUAAUGUACUCACAGUCGGCCCAGAAUUCGGCGGGUAUCCAGACCCUCCUCGACGCCGAGCGGGAGGCUUCCAAGAUUGUCCAGAAAGCCCGCGAGUUCCGAACCAAGCGAGUGAAGGAAGCCCGCGACGAGGCCAAGAAGGAGAUUGAAGCUUACCGCAACUCCAAGGAGGACGAGUUCAAGAAGUUUGAGUCUGAGCAUACCCAGGGCAACAAGCAGGCCGAGGACGAGGCGAACAAGGAGGCCGAGGGCAAGAUCAAGGAGAUCAAGGAUGCUGGAAAGAAGAGCCAGGAUAAGGUCGUUGCCGAUCUCUUGAAAGCCGUUUUUGAGGUCAAACCAGUCCCUCCAAGCGCCGCAUGA